GCCACGUCCCUGCUGAGGGGAUGUCUGUCCCUAAGCCACAAUGGAGCGCCAGGCCCGGCCCAAGCGCCAGGCCCGGCCCAACCAUCAAAACCAUCUUGAAGUCCGGGAGGAACACGGCAGGAAGAAGCCCUUCCCUCCGGGAGACGCUGACCCCAGGUACCUGCUACUGGACUACAUUGCCUGACGGUGAGGUGCAGCUGCGCAUGAACAAGAACGCAGAGAACGAGCCCCCGGUCACGGUGCCCGACAUGAUCAUGAGUGCGGCCACCAAGUACUCGCACUACUUGGCGAUCGGCUGCAAGCACAAGAAGACUUGGCAGCUGCUCACCUACGUGGAGUACUACGAAGCCUGCCGGCGCGCCGCCAAGGCCUUCCUCAAGGUGGGCCUGGAACGCUUCCAUGGUGUGGGCAUCAUGGGAAUCAACUCCAUGGAGUGGGCGAUCGCCAGCAUCGGGGCCAUCAUGGCGGGCGGCAUCUCUGUGGGCCUUCUUUGCACCUACUCGCCCAAAGCCUGCCAGUUCAUCGCCGAGACCUCGGAGAUGGACAUCAUAGUGGUAGACAAUGACAAACAGCUGCAGAAGGUCCACCAGAUCCAGGAUUACCUGAAGCAUUUCAAGGCGAUCAUACAGUACAGAGACGAAAUCCAGGAGGUGAAGCCAAAUCUAUACUCGUGGAAAGGGUUCCUGGAGCUCGCGGAUGGCAUCUCGGAUGAGGAGCUGGACCAGAUCAUCGACUCUCAGAAGCCUAACCAGUGCUGUACCCUGGUGUACCAGCAGGGCUCCACGGGGCCCCCGAAGGCCGUGAUGCUCAGCCACGACAACAUCACAUGGACCACGGCAGCCACCGUCCAGAGGCUUGGGUUCAAGUGUCCGCCUGAUGGCCAGGAGAUCCUUGUGAGCUACCUGCCGCUCUGCUUCGUGGGCACCCAAAUCUUGGACAUGUGGGUGGCCAUCUCCGUGGCUGGGACAGUCUACUUCCCUUCGAUAGAGGCAGGGGCGUGGAGUGGGCUCCCACGAGCCCCUGGCACGGGCUUUCUGACGGAGAUGCUCCGAGAGGUCCAGCCCACCACGUUCUGUGGUGUCCCGUGGGUGUGGGACCGCAUGCUGGACAGUCUGAAGACCAGACACCUGGACUCCAACGCCUUCCGCCGGAAGGUCGACCGCUGGGCCAUGCGCAUGGGCCUGAAUGUCAGCAAGAGGCGGAUGGAGGGGCACAUGUACCAGCCGCUGGGCUUUGGCCUGGCCAAGAGACUGGCCUUCGACCCCGCCAGGAAGUUCCUGGGUUUCAACCACUGCCAGCAGUUUCUAAACGUGGGCCCGGGGCUGCCGAGGGCCACGCUGGACUUCUUCCUCAGCUUGGACAUCCCGAUCUUGGAGAUAUACGGCCUGACAGAGUGCACUGGGCUGCACUCUCUUUCCAGUGCCCAGGACUUCCGUGUCCAGAGCUGUGGGAAGGCGCUCCCCAGCUCCCACACAAAGCUGGAGAAGGAGAACCUGGACGGAGUGGGGAGCUUCUGCAUCUGGGGCCGCCACGUGUUCAUGGGCUACCUCAACGACAAGGAGAGCACGGAGAAGAGGCUUGACAGCCACGGCUGGCUGCACACCAGCGACCUGGGCUGCUUCGACUUCGACAAGUUCCUCUAUGUCCUGGGCGACGUCCACGACAUGAUCACGCUGAGCUCGGGCGAAGUGGUCAACCCGUGCCCCAUCGAGGAGCGCGUGAGGUCCCGCAUCCCCAUCGUGCGCUACGCCUUGGUGGUGGGCCAGAACGCCCCGUUCCUGUGCGCCCUCCUCACCCUGAAGUGUCAGAUCAAUCAGGAGACUGGAGAGGCCCGGAGUACCCUGACCAGCGAGGCGGUGGCUUGCUGCCGGAAGCUGCGGAGCCAGGCCACCUGGCUGGCAGAUGUCCUAUACGACCGUGACCCUCUGGUCAAAGAGUUCAUCAGCCAGGGCAUCAAGGCUGUGAAUGAGGAGGCGUCCUCAGAGGCUGCCAAGAUCAUUAAGUGGGUCAUUUUAGACAACGAUUUCUCUGUGGGCAGUGGGGAGCUCGGGCCCAUGAGCAACAUCAACAGGGCUGUUGUGGCCAAGGUCUAUGAGGACGACAUCCAGCACUUCUAUGAGACGAAUCAGAGUUCCUAG